UCAUUCGCUGUAAGACUUUACCUGUGUUCAUUUCGAUCUAUCUAGAAUUAUAGCUUUUAUAGAACGCCCAUAUCAUUAUUAACAGAAACACAAAAACUACAGUAAAAUCAAUUUUGUUUGAAACUUUUUGUGUGAUUUGUUGAUCAUUAAAACAAACAAAAUAAUUAGUUUACUCUGAUUUGAAGUAAAAAAACGAAGUGAUUAAAUAACUCAAGUUGAAAGUGAUUGUUUAGUGAUAAAAAAGGAGUAAAAUCUUACUCAAACCUGAUUUCUAAUUUUUUUUUACAAUUCUUAUUGACACUUGAUUCCAUCUUCAAGUAGCAAUCGAACUGUUUCAAGCUGACUCACUUCAGGAAUUUGCAACGUCACGUGUUCACUCGUGCAUUCCUGUCUAGGUGCUUGCUCCAAUACGGCUCUUCACAUACUAUAUACUAGUUUAACUUCUACUGUCACGUGAUUAAUUAAUUUGAUUAAAGUUGCAUUCUUUGCAAGUAUAUUUGUUGUAAAAUGGCAUUAAGUAAUCACUGAAAAAUAAAUAAGACAUUAAGUGUUACAUAGUAAACAAAAGUAUGGAUCAAGUGUCACCACUAAGGGAUGGGUCGUUGAUUGGUUUUAUCGAUGGAAAUUUUGAAUUCGACCAAAUUGAUAAUGAUAGUAAUAAAAUAAAUACUGACAAUGGACAGAGAAAUCGUGUUCUAAGGAGAACCAGAAGUCUUAAUGCUCCGAGCCCUAUUCAACAGUUUGGGCCAUGCGGUCGAAUAAUGAAAAAUUCAGCCAUGGUUAUGACUAUCCAGGAUCCAGCUUCCCAGCGAUUAACAUGGUACAAGCCACCAUUAACAGUUUUAGUCAUUAAAAAAGUUCGAGAUUCUUCAGUUCUACCUCCGUUUGUUCAAUUAGUUACAUGGCUAAUAGAGGAAAAACGAAUGGUAGUAUUCGUAGAAGCUUCAGUUCUUGAGGAUCCAGCAUUAGCACGGGAUCCGAGGUUUCAAGGAGUCAGAGAUCGUUUACAAACAUUUAGAGAUGGAACAGAUGAUCUUCAGGAUCGAAUUGAUUUUAUUGUAUGCCUUGGAGGCGAUGGAACUCUUCUUUAUGCCAGUCUUCUAUUUCAACAGUCAGUUCCUCCUGUGAUGGCAUUUCAUCUUGGUUCUUUAGGUUUCUUAACACCUUUCGAGUUUGAUAACUUCCAGGAACAAGUUACAAAUGUCUUAGAAGGGCAUGCCGCACUUACGUUAAGAAGCAGAUUAAGAUGUAUAAUAAUGAGGAAAGGCGAAGAUGGCCAGCCAACAAAACCGCCAACAAAUUUAUUAGUCUUAAAUGAAGUAGUGGUUGAUCGUGGACCAUCACCAUAUUUAUCAAAUAUUGAUCUCUAUAUCGAUGGCAAACAUGUAACAAGUGUCCAAGGUGAUGGGUUGAUAGUUAGCACACCUACAGGAUCAACAGCUUAUGCAGUAGCUGCUGGUGCUAGCAUGAUUCACCCAUCUGUACCAGCAAUUAUGAUCACACCAAUUUGUCCGCAUUCUUUGUCCUUCAGACCGAUUGUUGUUCCUGCUGGUGUUGAGUUAAAAAUUAAGGCUAAUAGUAAUGCAAGGAAUACAGCCUAUGUCUCGUUUGAUGGUCGAAACCAACAAGAACUCCAUGUUGGGGACAGCUUGAGGGUAACAACAUCAAUCUAUCCAGUACCCAGCAUUUGUGCAACAGAUCAAAUUACUGACUGGUUUGAUUCUUUGGCUGAAUGUCUUCAUUGGAAUGUUCGCAAGAGGCAGAAACAUUUAGAUGAACUAAGUGAUCUUACACAUUCAUCCAGCAAUGAUACAUUAGAUUCGCUCGAUCGCGAUAGCUAGGGUUUACAAAUAAAUUUAAAUUGAUAGAUCAACAUAAGAUAAAUGUUAAGAUUGAUGCAAAAAUGUUUAAAGAUCAGUACAAUUACCAUAAAACCUUAACGUUUUUGACAGAAAAACAUUAUUAUUAAAUAUAAGAAUUCUGUUAAGGUAAAUUCUUUUUUUAAUUUUUUUUAACAUAAUAAUUUUUGAUUUUAUAGAUAAAAAUACUUUUUGAACUAAAUGAAUUUUUCAAAAGCACUUGAACACUUGUUUACAGUAUUUAAAAGAAUUUAACUAGUUCAAAAUAAUGACUGUACUUAAUUCUUAAAUUUUUUUUAAAUUUCUAAUAUUUGCAUCAAUUUAAUGGGCAAUGAUAUAAGUUAAUAUAAGUCAUCCGUAUCAUCAUACCUGAAAAUAUUCAAUUUAACAAAUUGUAAUUACUAUAAAAAUGAUAAUUAAGAUUAAUAGAUUUUUAAAUAAGUGUACAAUAACAAUAUCCGUGAAUCGUCGAACGUCUAAUAUGGAUUAUUUUUAAUAUAUAACAAGUGUUAUGUUUGUUAAAGAAUAAACUAAAAAGCCAUAAUCACUGUCAAAACAAUAUAUUAUUGCUCAAAUAUCUAUCAAAAUAAAAAGAAAAAGAGUUAGAGGCUGAAAAGGCAAAAGAUUCUUAAGUAAUUUUGAUUAUUUUUUAUAUAAAGAUUAAAUUGAUUAAUAUUUAUUAAUCAAUAAUUCAUUAGUCAUAAUAUUUGUUAAUAAUCAUGACUUUUAUAAUUAUUUGUCAAUCUCAUGAAAAUAACCAAUGUAAAAAGAACAUUUAUAAAAUUUUAUGAUAAUUAUCAGUUGUAAAAUUAGUUCAGAUAGUUUUUUAUAGGGAAAUUUGGGUAAAUUCUAAGUUUGUUAUAUUAUAAGAUUCGUAGGAUUAUGCCCAUCGUCAUUAUUAUAAAAUAAAAAAUAUAUAUAUAUAUUUAUCUUAUAAGAAAGAAAAUAGCAU